GUGACCCGCGCUUACAUAAUGCGAGCGAGUGCGUGACUAUAGUAUGACCCCUCUCUCUUUCAAGUACAAUCGACGAUCGAGGAAAACAUAUUUUCGUCAUGCGCUUCCCGCACGAAUAUUAAAUAAAUUCAAACCUUCCAUCGAGGAGUACACACACACGCGUUUAAAUUUUUUUUCCGCGCAUCGAUCUCAAAGGGGUAAGAUGAGUUCAGAAUCUGAAGAACUACAACUACCGACUACCUCGACGCCGACGAGCAGCGUCGUCUUCGAAGCAUCGACCCAGACGCCAACAAGCGAGAACUGUGAUUCGCCCCUCGUGUCGCCGAAGGGCAAUUACUCCCUAACGACGUCGGAUCACAGUAACAAUACACUGAUAAACGUUUACAAAAUGAGGCAGCACGGCCAGCUCUGUGACAUUACGUUACAUGUAGGAUUAGAAAUAAUUAGAGCCCAUAAAGUGAUCUUAGCGUCAAUUAGCCCAUAUUUUUUCGCAAUGUUUAACGGUGACAUGAGAGAGCAGGCGAGCAAUGAGAUUAUUUUGCAUGACAUGGACCCGAUAGCGGUCGAACUGCUCAUCGAGUACGGCUACACUGGCCAGAUCGUGAUCACCCCCGAGAAUGUCCAGGUCCUGCUGCCCGCGAGUAGCGUGCUGCAGAUGUCCAGCGUGCGGGAGGCGUGCUGCAGGUUUCUGAUGAAGCAGCUGCACCCGACGAACUGUUUGGGAAUACGCAGCUUUGCAGACACGCACUCUUGCAAGGAACUGCACAGGCGUUCGCACUGUUUCGCCUUGCAAAACUUUCAGCAGGUCGUCGGCACGGAGGAGUUCUUGCUGUUGCCGUUCCAAGAGAUUGAAGAACUAAUAUCAAACAGUCAAUUAAACAUAUGCGCCGAAGAAGACGUAUUUAGUGCGGUCUUAAAUUGGAUCAAGCACGAUCUGACAGAACGCAAACAAUACAUUUCACAGCUCAUGGAACACGUAAGGCUUCCGCUGGUGAAUCGAGAGUUCCUGAUGACGCGCGUCGACGGCGAAACGCUGGUGCGCGAGGACAAUCAGUGCAGGGAGCUGCUGCUGGAGGCGAUGAGGUACCAUUUGGCUCCGGAGCGACGGUGCGCUCUGUCGACGCCGCGCACCUUGGAGCGCAAACCUAAAGGAGCGGAGCCGUACCUGUUUGCGAUAGGAGGUGGAUCGCUGUUUGCCAUUCAUUCCGAGUGCGAGGUGUACAACCCCAAAUCCGACACGUGGUCGGCGAUCGCGCCGAUGCAGUGGAGACGCUCCAGGUGCGGCGUCACCGGUCUAAGACGCCUGCUGUACGUCGUCGGGGGAUACGACGGCGCGUCGGAUCUCGCGACAGCCGAAUGCUUCAACCCUCUCAUCAACAACUGGAGCCCGAUAACGCCGAUGGGUACGAAACGGUCGUGCUUAGGAAUUUGCGCGUUCAACGGUUUGAUCUACGUUUGCGGCGGAUACGACGGCGCCUCGUGUCUGAGCAGUAUGGAGCGGUUCGAUCCGCUGACGGGCGUCUGGUGCAGCUGCCCGGCUAUGAACACCAGGAGGCGUUACUGUCGCAUCGCUGUGGUGGAGAACUGUAUCUACGCCCUGGGCGGUUUCGACUCGACGAACUAUCAGGCUUCGGUCGAAAGGUACGAUCCGCGUCAGGGAAGCUGGCACAGUAUUCCCUCCAUGUCCUCCAGGCGGAGCAGUUGUGGUGUAGCUGCGGUUGAGGAGUUCCUGUACUGUAUUGGAGGCAACGAUGGUACCGUGUGCAUGGCGAGUGGGGAAAGGUUCAACGUGCGGAGAAAUGCGUGGGAGCCGAUUACGGCGAUGCACAAUCGAAGGUCGACGCACGAGGUGGUUGCGAUUAAUGGUUUCGUGUACGCGUUGGGCGGAAACGACGGAUCUUCCAGUUUAAAUUCCGUUGAGAUCUACGAUCCCAAGCUGAACAAAUGGACGCUCUUGUCGUCCAUGGUCACCAGGCGAAGCUCCGUUGGCGCCGCUGUGCUGGAAUGCAUCAACAUCGAACAUGUACUCCGCUCCACGCGAAGUUGAUUUGAUCUUUAAAGAGCAUUGGUUCAUGUAAAUGUCGCUUUAUCAAUGUGCUUUAUUAAACAUCGCGGUUCUGUGAUACUAUAAGAUUGUUACGAAAAGAGUGGGUCCAAAAUGGACGUUUGGCUAUUCUCGUUGAAUUUUGCGAUUGUUUCUUAACGAUUGAUAUGCAUCGGUGUGCCUGCACAAGUCACGUGUUUUGUGCCAAACAAUAAGAAUGCAUGUUGUACCUAUUAUAAAUGUUGUAGUUGUUAUUGUAAGUUUAAAACUCUACGAACUAACUUAAUUUAUUGCACUGCCAUUUUUAAAUAUUUAUUAGAAUUUAUUACCUAUGUCACUUAGUGAGCAAUUUACAAAUAUUAUUAAUAAAUAAAAAACUAAG